CCAUCAAACUCCCUAUCAUUUACUCAAACUCUAUUCGUGCUUCUACUAUUCUUUUUCCUUUCCCUUCAAACUUUCCUUUCUCUCCAAAACUGAUCAAUAAUGUUAUUUGACUUCUAAUUUUAAGUCACCCUCUUUCGCUUGCAUGUCUUUGGUUUUUCAGACUAGCUAUAACUUUAAUUGCAGCCAUCUUCAUAUUAAUCGAACUCGCUAGCAGGCAUUGGAAAAUCUCUCUCUCACACCCUCUCUCUCUUUCUCUGAGCCAUACGCAAAUGCCCAAAAGCAUGAAUUUACAUAUGAUGUCGUUAAGAGCAUUAUUAAGAUUUAUUAGUAGUAUAAUUGGGGUUAUGGUUCUUGUAGUUGCUCUAUUUCCUGAAGCUUAUAUUGCCCAGGAAAUAGAAUACAAGCCGUGCUCCCCUUCUUCUUGCGGAAACAUUGGAAACAUCAGCUACCCUUUUCACCUGAAAGGCGAUGCCCCUACCUGCGGUGAUGGUCAGCACGAACUGGCUUGUGAGAACAAUCGAACAACUCUGGACUUGUAUGGAGUCAAAUACUAUGUCCUAGAGAUCUCUUAUGAGAACCAAACAAUAAGAUUAGUGGAUGUCAAUAUAAACAACAACGACCACUGCUCUAUUCCUCGCAAAUCGUUCCCAUUCUCUCUAUUCUAUGGCUCUAUGGAAUAUAAUGAUGACAUCCCUGUGAUAUUAUUUGUGAGUUGUGCAAGCCCGGUCAUGAAUUCUUCAGAUCAGGACGAAGAUUUUUCUGCCAAGUACGUAGAUUUUUCUUCUUGUGUCAACAGCAGCAGCAGCACUUCUUCUUCAUCGUAUGUUGUACUUAAUGUUGGAAGUUCAUUUCAAAUCGAUGACUUCUGCACCAUCAACAUUGUCUAUCCGUUCAUCGAAGUACCCCAUUGGAACCUCACUACUAUUUCUGAUAUUCAUCAGGAGUUGCUUCGAGGAUUUCAGCUUAGUAUUUGGCCUUCUCAUUACAAAUGGAAAAUUCCAUUUAGUUAUAGGUUAAAUUUAUUUCUUGAAGACAUUAAAUACAAAUUUCAGUAUCAGUACAGAAUCCACAUGAUCGCCACCGCAGGAGUGUACAUCAUAGUAAAGAUUUCAAUUGGGUUGUUAUGCUUGAUUAUAUUGCUGGCAUAUAGAUUCCGACAAAGACACUUGUCCAUCGAUGAUACCAUUGAAAAUUUUCUCCAAAGUCAAAACAACUUCAUGCCAAUUAGGUAUUCCUAUUCAGAUAUAAAGCAGAUGACCAGAAGUUUCACGGAUAAGUUAGGUCAAGGAGGAUAUGGCUCCGUGUUUAAAGGCAAGCUUCGAAGUGGUGAUUUUGUAGCAGUAAAAGUACUGAGCAUGUCAAAAUCUAAUGGACAAGAUUUCAUUAGUGAAGUGGGCACAAUCGGAAGGAUUCAUCAUGUUAACGUGGUGCGAAUGAUUGGAUUUUGUGUAGAGGGAUCUAAAAAAGCUCUUGUAUAUGACUUCAUGCCUAAUGGAUCUCUUGAUAAGUUCAUUUUCUCACGAGGAGAAAAGAAUUUGCCAUUGCUCAGUUGGGAGAGAAUGUAUGAGAUCGCAGUUGGAGUGGUUCGAGGGAUUGAAUACUUGCAUCGAGGAUGUGACAUGCAAAUUCUACAUUUUGAUAUCAAGCCUCACAAUAUUCUUCUUGACCAAGAGUUUGUCCCAAAAGUUUCAGAUUUUGGCCUUGCAAAAUUGUACCCCACCGAUGAUAGUGUUGUCUCUCUCACUGCAGCAAGGGGAACACUUGGAUAUAUUGCUCCGGAGUUGUUCUAUAAGAAUAUUGGAGGUGUAUCAUAUAAGGCUGAUGUUUAUAGCUUUGGUAUGCUGUUGAUGGAAAUGGUGGGGAAAAGGAAAAAUGUGAAUCCAAAUGCAGAGCACACUAGUCAAAUAUACUUCCCAUAUUGGAUUUAUGAUCAUAUCAGUCAAGGUGAGGACUUACAGUUGGGAGAUGCCACUGAACAAGAAAAGAGUUCUGUGAGGAAGAUGAUUAUAACUGCAUUUUGGUGCAUACAACUGAAGCCUAUGGAUCGUCCUUCCAUGAGCGAAGUCCUGCAAAUGCUAGAAGGGGAGGAGGAGCUGUUGCAAAUGCCUCCCAAGCCUUACCUUUAUUUCAAUGAUAUGUCAAUCGAGGAGCAAGCAGACAACAACCCAAUAGGGCUACCAAUUUCAUCCCAUGCUGAGAUGAGCAUAACUAUCGAGGAUAUGUUAAGAUAGUAGAGUUUUAUUUUUUAUCAACUCAAUAACUCUUUUCUCAUUUUCUCUAGACUUUGGUGCCUUUAGAAUUAAGAUGUGUGUACCUAGCUAUAGCUUCCCAUCUUAUGAAUAAUAAUACAACAAUACCUUAUGAAUAAAUAUCUAUUAUAUUUAAAAUUCAAAAUGGAUUCAUCUUAUUCAUUAUUGUGCUA